AAUGUUAGCAUUUUGCUUCUUGGCAGUAGAUGCAAAAUGAACCACGAUCCCCUCAGCAACGCUGCCGUAACCAAAUGAAGAUCUGAGCCGCUUAUCGAAGCGAGACACGCAGCCUCCCAUUUCAACGACAGUUGAAGUUGCUCAGGUUUGAGAAAGACACACGGGACGGAUCCAUUCGAGAUCAGAACGCUUUCUCGUCAAAGUCGGUUUGGCAUCUUUACCGUAGCACCAUGCCAGAGUUUACUUCGCCUUUGCAGAGGAGCCGACACGAUGUCCCUGAUUCAGAUGAAGAGGCCAAGGAAGUCGAGAGAAGCAACGUCGAGCGAAGUCAGUAUUGGUUGAUGAGAUUGCCGAAGAUGUACGUCUCUGGACACAGACAGCGUUACCUUUUCAUGAACUUGGACAACAUUGCCAGUUCGCUGCUUAUGAGCAGCAUGCUUUAUCAACGCGUUGACGGAGCCACAAGUGCACGUGACAUUUAUCUAAACUUCACAGCAUUGACGAAGCAUCUUGGUGGCAAUAACAGCGUGACGGCUGAAGUGAAGUUCCAGUGUUGGCUACCUAUUGAAAAGCUUGGGUGGACGCUCAGACUGUUUUCAAGUGAUGACAAGACCCUGUACAGUGAAUUGAUGGUGCAACUUGACAAGGGAGCUAAUGGCAAAACGUUGGUUUUGGCAACAGGUGAUGGAUUUCUCGGUACUACUAACCCGAAUGCCUAUCGUGAAAUCAUUUGCAAGUUUUUGAAGGAAGGCUGGUAUGUGGAAAUCCAUGCAUGGCUGUAUUCCUUGAACAAUGGGUAUCUGAGAUUGCAAAAGGAGAAUCCUGGCCGCGUAGUAGUGAAACCUCUGGAUGAUGUCCUAUGCGACUUGGCUCGCACCAACAAUAUCGUUUAA